UCAGAGCAGAGGAGAGUCGGUGAUUAUUAUUAUUAUUAUUAUUAUUAUUAUUAUUAUUAUUAUAGAGGCUCAAUCCACAGGGGACACACCCACACCCACGGAGGAAAACCGAAGAAUGGGGAAAGACUAUUAUAAAAUCCUGGGCAUUUCGAAAGGAGCGGCUGAGGAGGACAUAAAGAAGGCUUACAGAAAGCAGGCUCUGAAAUGGCACCCGGAUAAAAACAAGGCGCCCAACGCGGCGGAGAAAUUCAAGGAGGUGGCUGAAGCCUAUGAAGUCCUCAGUGACCCCAAAAAACGCGAGAUAUACGACCAGUAUGGAGAGGAAGGUCUGAAAGGAGGAGGUGGAGGAGGAGGAGGAGGCGGCGGAACGUCCGAUGGCCAGGGCAGCACCUUCACAUACACGUUCCACGGCGACCCGCACGCCACAUUCGCCACCUUCUUUGGCGGCACCAACCCCUUCGAGAUGUUCUUUGGCCGCAAGGUGAACGGCAGGGACGACGAGGACAUGGAAGUGGACACCGGUGACCCUUUUGGCUCCUUCACGAGUUUUAAUCUGAACGGUUUCCCUCGCGACCGGCAGCCUCGGCGUAAGCAGGAUCCGGCGAUUCAUCACGAACUGCGCGUCUCGCUCGAGGAGGUCUUUCACGGCUGCACGAAGCGCAUGAAGAUCUCACGCCGUCGCCUGAACCCUGACGGCCGCACCACACGCACCGAGGACAAGAUCCUGUCCAUCGAGAUCAAGCGUGGCUGGAAGGAAGGCACCAAGAUCACGUUUCCACGUGAGGGCGACGAAUCCCCCGGCUGCAUCCCCGCCGACAUCGUGUUUGUCAUCAAGGACAAGCCACACCCACACUUCAGGAGGGAAGGGUCCGACAUCGUCUACCCCGUCCGCAUCAGUCUGCGUCAGUCGUUGUGCGGUUGCUCGGUUACGGUCUCCACGAUAGAUGGGAAAACGUGCAAUAUGAAGAUCACGGAGGUCAUCAAACCGGGAAUGAGGAAGACCGUGGCGGGACAGGGGCUGCCCUUCCCCAAGAACCCUGAGCAGAGAGGAGAUCUCAUAGUGGAGUUUGAUGUGAACUUUCCCGACAGUCUGCCAUCUAACGCCAAGGACGUGCUGAAACGCCAUUUACCUGCUUCGUGAAAGGAACGCAGCAGGACUGCGGCGGCGUUAAGCGGCACGCCACACUGAUACUCACCAUCUCUCCCGAUCCAACACUGGGACAAAUCGCCGUCAUGCCCCAUAAACAAUGUGCAAUUCCUAUUUUUUAUCUAAUCAGUCAGUGUUUGGGUUUUUUUUGUUUUGUUUUUUAAAGAAAAAAAAAACAUGUUGCAUGCCCAAAUAAGGUCAUAAACGUGCAAGUGCAAUCUUCAUGUCUGAAAGUAAACGUCAGAUUUGACUCCUUUA